CCGUACAAGGCCGGAAGACGCAGACCUUUCGUUUAAGAGUUUGUCGUAAAGCGCUCUUCCUUUGCUUGCUUUGGAAACAGAGUCUCUAUGAAUCGGAAGCAACAUACUUGAAGACACACAGACGAAAAUCUCCGAUGGGUUUCAUCGCUCUGCAAUCUUGGAGCAGAGGAGCUUCAACUUCUCUUCAUCUCCUUCGUCCAGUUGGUCCGAAUCCUAAGCUAUAUGAUGCUGGAGCAGUCAAGUUUGAUGUAAGAGCCUCUUCGAGUCGUAAAUCGCGUAAGAAACAAAGAAGAGAGUCUCAACAAGGUAAAGACAUAGCCAGAAGAAGUGUUACUGAAACAGAUAAAGGAGAAGAAGUAAUAGCUCAAGUUGAUGACACUUCUACUUCAAAGGACUCCAUCAAUGUUGUUGUUGCUGCUCCUCGAGACAAAGUGCUUCAAGCUUGCACCGUAACUUCCGGUUUAAUGGCUACAUUAGGCCUUGUCAUCAGGAAGGCGUCUCAUGUUGCGUCGACUGAAGGGUUACCAAUCCCAGACUGCUCUUCAGAAAUACCAUUUGGUUUUGAAACUUGGCAUCUCGGUUUAAUUGCUGGAACCGUUGUGUUGAUAUCAUCAAGCAGGUUCUUGCUACUAAAGUCUUGGCCAGAUUUUGCUGACUCAAGUGAAGCAGCAAACCAACAGAUCCUUACUUCGCUGGAACCUCUAGAUUACCUUGUUGUUGCUACUUUACCUGGACUUAGCGAGGAGAUGCUGUUUAGAGGUGCGUUGAUGCCUUUGUUUGGAACCAGUUGGGUCAGCAUUGUUGGAGUUGGACUCAUCUUCGGUUUACUUCAUCUUGGUAGCGGAAGAAAGUACUCCUUUGCGGCUUGGGCGUCGGUUGUGGGUAUAGUAUACGGUUACGCAGCGGUUCUGUCGUCGAGUCUUGUCGUUCCGAUGGCUUCUCAUGCACUCAACAAUUUGGUCGGAGGCUUGCUGUGGCGUUAUAGUAGUAGUUCCAAGCUCAAGUCAAUGGAGUGAAAGCUUAAAUUAGAUUUAUAAAUGGGGUUUAAUUUAAAAAGCUUACACUUUUAUGGGUCGUUUUGUGAAAUAUUUAUAGUAUAGGGUGCUUUACUGCAAUUUUAGUGUCACUGUCACAUCACAAGAAGACAAAAUGAGAAAAAUAUUUAUAAAUU